AUCAGCAACCUGACAUCGUAAGGUUGUCAAUAUCUUUAAUUUAAUUCCCUUCCAGUAGAUCUCUACGCAUGACAACAGGUUCCAGUUAUCACGCUCUUAACCAGAUUAGUUGGUGCACUUAAUUCAUUGUGGAAUUCAUAUUGAAUAUGCAAGUGUAGUGUCAAGACGUAUCUUAAGAAUGGGGGCUAAAGCAGAUGAAUGCCCCUUUUCAAAUGGAGUUAUCAUUGCGUGUCUGGUAGUCGGUCUCCAUGCGAAUCAUCCGUACUGACCUGUUCGCUUUACUUCUCAGCUCACACACGUAAAACUCUCGCUCACUGCAUUCACACAUGAUAGCCCGUUUUCUAUGCGCCUCUCUCUUUCUCUCGCUCUUGGUUUACCGCUGUGUAUUUAGGCACCUGAAUAUUCCGCAGAGUAUAUAACUGACUUGUGCCGUGGUAUUAGCUCACCUGUAAUAAAUUGUCAUCACUCGCUAAAUUCAUAUCAAUUAUUUCUGUUAUGGAAUACAUGGGUUGAUUGGCAUGCAUUUAUCACUUCUACUUAAAGUUUGCCCGCAUUCUGACAACUUGAGUAUUGAGGAUGUCCGGUAGGUCGGUGUACGCCGGUUUGGUAUCCCCAAGCUAACUUUGUUUACGCUUCUUCUCUCUCUCUGUCAAUAACGGUCCAUGUACAGAGUUUGUACAAUCUUGCAAGACCAGAAGAACAGUGGAACAACUCUGCCUGUUAUCUUUCUUUCGCCUUAUAUUAGUAAACUUUUGAACAUGGCGGGAAUGCACAUCAUGCAGCUGUGGAGAAUAUGUUUUCGAAGUGGUUUGAUAAUACUGUUACAUUCUGUGAGUUUCAUGGAAUGUAGGGAACUUGAGACAGGUGAGGAUAUCAAUUUAUCUGUUAUGCUCCCUGCAUACCCAUUACCAGAUAUUAAGGGUGAUUAUCCUUGGCUUAAGAAAGGGCGUCUUUUUCCGUAUCACCUUCAAAUGGUCGUCCCUGCUAUGAGAAUUGCGGUCGAGAAAGUCAAGGAAAGACAACUUAUACCAAAUCAUAAUAUUACUCUCCAUGUUAAUGAUACACAUUGCUCCAUAAACACUGCCCAGCUUGUAUCUGCUGACAUUUUCAUCGAACAUCGUGUAAUGGGCUUCUUCGGUCCCGUUUGUGAAUAUCCAGCCGGUCCCGUAGGACGUUUUUCUGCCCAUUGGAACGUUCCCCAAUUGACAGCAGGUGCCCAGGCAAGUGGGUACAGUGGCCCCCCUUACGAUAAAACGCUUACUAAUAUUAUGCCCCCUCACAGUAAAAUGGGCGACUUUGUUGGGCAAAUUUUCCAAAAAUACAAAUGGACACGAGCAGUGUUUCUAUACCAUGACGGGAACAAUUUUAUCCGUGAUAUGAUGUUUAUGGCUGGUUCUGUUUUUGGGGUGGUCAGUCGAGGAUUCAAUAUGAAUGUGACCAAUCAAGAUUUUGAUGAAUUUGUAGACAAUCUGGAUUAUGCGGAUUUACUACAGCGGACGGUAACAAGGUAUGCAAGAGCAAUACACAAGUCGUGACACAGAAGACCAAACACGCAAGUUCCAGAAUUCGUAGCAUCCGUUGGCUAUCAGCGACAUCACUAUUCACAAUAGUAUUCAUCAGUUGAUGUUACCCUUACUUGAUCUGACAUGAUUUGAUGAUUAUUUGCUUUUCAAAGAAUUAAUUCCUGAUUGAUGUACAAUGAACACCCAGAUAAUGGAUUUGGAAGACAUCUCAUAACAAGCUCUUGCAUUCAUCCCUGGAAGCGACUACAUUGCUAAGUUUUGGACGCUGGCACACUCUUGAAUUAAGCACACGCUUAUUACAUGGAAAUUAGACAAACAUGGCAAGUUGCAGAAAGCCAAGAAACAUCACUUUAUAUGAGAUUCAAAUAGUUUCCAAAAACUAUGGGGAAAUAGGCGGUGUCUUGGAUCAAACUAGUUGCUUCGAGGUGUAUGUAAUAUGAAGAGAAGGAUGAAGACCUGAGUAAACUUAGAUGAUACGAUCAAGACGAGGGGAUUCGAAAAGCAAUGUUUGCCAAAGUCUUGAGGGUUACACGUGAAGAAUCCUAAGAGAUGACAUCGAGGCAAACUUCUCCCUGAGAUAUACGAGACCUUGGACGGAGAAUGGGUGAUCUGCAGAACGACAACUUUGAAAAGGCGCAUUUACUUUGGCAUGAUAAGCAUUUAUAGAGCCUUCAUCAAUCAAAUAAGCGCUAUCAAUCAUUAGCAACUGCUGUGAGUAGAAACUGCUAAAAACAAAUUCGACAUAUUUCCUUUGUUUAGUCUAUCACUGUAUGUUUUUUUCUGUUCAUCUGUAAUAACAAUCAUAAUUUGUUUAAUCUUUUCUGUCUUUUUAGGAGAAUGUAAGUUCCUGGUUAUCUAUAAUAAUACAGAUCUACAUACCACAAUAUGGUGACUGAGAGAAUAAGAUGUAUCGGUAUAUUGGUUUGUCAAAAAUUAAGGAUUUUGUUAUAUACACUUUUUUUCUUUUUUACUAUGAUAGAAACAUGAUUAAUUGACUGAUUGAUGAUUGAUUUAUACUUUUUUAAUGGAAGUUAUGAUCCAGAGCUUUGCAGGUAUAUGCUUAAAAAGAACAACGUCGCUUGUUUGACUGAUAACUUAACAAUCUGCUGCAAUAAACGUCAUUCUUAAUAGCUUAGAAAGAAACGGAGAAAUAUUUGGAUUAAAUGAUCACUACACUGUUAAAAAAAUAUCCUUAAAAUGAAAGAAGUUCCUGCAGCAGAGUCUCGAGAACACCU